CCCCCCCCCCCCUCCUUCGGACUCUGUACACAGACGAACUCAAGUCACUUGUAUCUGCCCCGUCCGCAACUCUUCCUCACAGAGUUGUCUCCCAGUCUUUGACAGACUUCAUACGCCACACAAAUGUCCUAGGCUGGCCCAUCCACUCACACUCAAAGUCCGCGUCCCCUUCACUCUUGCAUCGCCAUGACGGAACUCAUGCCACACGCCGUUGCUUCAGAGACUCACCUUCAACCUUGGCCGUACUCUAAAGCCUCACACCGAACGCUACCUCUGCCGCCCAGCACGUACGAGCAGCAGCAGCAGCAGCCUGUGUCAAAGCAAGCCUUCCUGUACAACAACGGCCCGCCAACACCACCGCUAACGUCGGACAUGAAUGGCCUAGCACAGUCCGCACAUCGUGGACACCAGCUUAGCUAUCCCGUUCGAACACAGGUCCCAGCAACACAUGCAGCAGCCACCGCGGCUCAGGAAUCUCUUCCGCAAGCGUCCAAUGCCUACAUCAAGUCGAGCACGCCGGGCAUCUCGAACCUAGCGCAGGCCGAGCCCCAUGGUCGACAAUCCCCUUCUCACAUCAACACCAUCUCGACCGCCUUUAGACUGCCAAGCUCCAUCCAAGCACCGCAAGCUAAUCUUCCCCAGCUGGCUGCGGAGACCGCAUGUCUGUUCUGGUUCGAGAGCAGUGCAACGAUCGCACGGAUCGAGAAAUGGACACCGGGCUCGCCGGUUCUACCCAACGCCCUCAGUCCCACCGCGAUACCUUCAACGAUGUUCCGCAAGUGGCUCAGCACACUUCUCGCAACCACGCAGGUCUCACCAAACGUCAUCAUUCUGGCGCUCUUGUUUAUAUACAAGCUCAAGGGGUUCAACCAGCACCUAAAAGGAGGACCGAACAGCGAGUUCAAGCUGAUGACAGUUGCCUUGAUGCUCGGCAACAAGUUUCUGGACGACAACACGUACACAAACAAAACUUGGGCUGACGUUUCCGCAAUUCCCGUAAAAGACGUGCACAUCAUGGAGGUGGAAUUUCUGAGCAACAUGAGAUACAGCCUCUUCACAUCGGAUGAGCAGUGGAGCGCAUGGCACAAGAAACUGGGCCGCUUCGGUACCUACAUCGAUCUGGCGAACAAGGCCAGGGAGGCGGCGGCACUGCGGCCCACCCUCCUCACGCCCACCACUGCUCACUUUCCAAACGCAUUGCCCUCACCGCCUCAUCCGUACUCACAGCUGUCCCCACAGUUCGCCGCUACGUACUCUCCAAACCACCUACCUCCAGCGACCACUCCUGUUCUUCUUCCGCAGCCUGGAUCAAGCGCCAUCUCGCCGAUCGGGCCAUUGCCUGAGCUGGACCCACGGUUUAGCAGAAAACGAAGUUACGACGAGGGCUUGAGCGAGCCUCCUGCCAAGAGACAGGUUCCAGCACACUACCACGAACAGAUGUCCAACGUACCUGUCACCACGCUCUCGCAGCCGCAACCCCAGGCUCUGCACCCUCCCGUCCAGGUUCCGAGCCUGCCUGUGCAGCACGUCAGUCAGAUUUCUCAGAUUCAACCUGCCUCGCAACUACCGGCCCCAGGGUCUCGAGCGAUGUCUCUCGUGUACCAACCGCCGGCCUCGCAGCAUUUCCAGCCGCAGGUGACGUUGCCAACCUCGAUGGCGCCUCUUCAAACUUCGGCCCUUCCCCAGCUGCCGGCCCUCCAUCCGGAUCACGCUCGCCAGCUGAGCCCCUUCACGGCAGGAUCGGCGACCUCAUCCCCGGUCAACUCGGUCUACACGCCAACUGGGCAGAUGCAGCAGCGGCAUUCACCGUCCUACUUCCUUGCGCAGCGAAGCUCGCCGUAUCGGCCCGUUCGUCAAGUACAGACACUCCUGGCCCCUCCGUCCUCUACGCCACUUUACAACGCUCCAAGACUGGUCAGCCAAGAUCAGAUGCAGUACCAUCCACUUGGCAGACCGUUUAACGAGCGCCGCGUCGGCCACCUGCCCUACCUCGAUCACGAGGCUUGGCCACAGCAUCACCAGUAUAACCAGUGGUCCGAGGUUAUUCCGCCUCCGGCACCAAAUUUCCACGCCUAACUUUCCAGGCUCAUUCUUCUGUACAUACGAACCACCUUCUUGCGCCUGUACAUAGCUCUCAUUUUGAGUCGGUAUUCUAUUUCAUUUCAGCAUGGCAUUCGGCGUUUUGCAGGGGUUGUCAUCAUUCGGUGGAGUCUCGCGUGCAGGCAUACUACCAACCAUCAGCACCACCACCACCACUACUACUACUACUACUGCUACUACUAUCACAACAGCAUCAGCGAGGGCGUUUUUGUGUUGUUGUUUUUUUUUUGUGUUCAUCGGUCGGACGGGUAUUCAAAGUUGCACAAAGAGUAUCAUUAUCUCCCAGGGACGCUGCCGGCUUGAUGCCAAGCUGGCGAGAUAUACUACCUAGAUGUAGAACAAAAAGACCUAGAGCAGGCACACGUUUAAAUCACAGGCGUCAGCAGCCGCAUUCUGUCGGCUAUUCGACAUCA